GUUUCCUGUUUUGUUCCCGCGGCUUCCGGUGUCGGCGGCUGCGGCGUCUGCGGGCGGGUGUCGGCAUGGAGGCCGUGGAGGAGCUCGACGUGGACGUCGAGGGGGACGCAACGGCGGGGGGCGCCGGGGAAGCGGAGCCGGGGUGAGUGCGGGGAGACGCAGGCUUCGGGCCUUCAGCCCGGGCCCCGCGCGCUUCAUGCCAGGCUCCCCACGGCAGCCCCUUCGUUGGCGGCGGCUGCCUCAGGCGGGCCAUGGCUCUGACCGGGGUCUCUGUCGCCUCAGCGCCUGGCAGGGGCCUUUCGUGGUGGGAGGGAGGUUUCUUUCCCCUCCCGCAUCUUUAUGGAAGUGCUCAGAUCUCGCUCUGGCCUCACAGCCGCGGCCCUUAAGUCAACCUAAAGGAGGAAGAGAACGUGUAUCCUACACCCGAGUGGCUUCCUCGUGUGAAUGCUACCAGAGCAAGGCAUGCCUCCCCGUUCUUCUGGGGGCAAGACAGAGAGUGGUCCGCUUGGCACCCUCACGCGAGGAAGUGUCAUACCCUCCCGACAUUUCUCCGUUUAAAACAGGGACAUCCUAUUCCAGGUCCUCCAACAUUUCUCCAGUUAAAAUAGGGACAUCCUAUUCCAGGCCCUCCCAACAUUUCUCUGGUUAAAAGAAGGAUGUCCUAAGGAAAACCUGAGACAUUCCGGGAUCAAAUCAGAAACCGGGAUGGUUUCUGUAAUUCCAGGACUGUCCCUGGAAAAUAGGGACACUUGUAGGGUUUGUGAUGUUCCCCUCAACAGUGUGCAGGUGGUCCAGGAGAAUGACAUGAAUGAGCUCCACAGGAGUAAGUUCUGACCUGACCUACCUGACAGCUGGUGGGUGGUUUUCUCUCCUGGAAAUCUUCUGGAGGAGAAAUGAAACAAGAGUUCUGACACCUUGAAGACAUUUAAUGGAUUUAUUAUAGCACAAGUUCUUAUGGACCUCAGUCUCACUUCAUUAGCUGCAUUGAGUGCCACCAGUUGCUUGCAUGCAUAAUUCGUGGGAGAGGGGCUUCUAAAGCAGCAAGAUCAGAGGAAUAUGAAAUGCAAAAAGUAGACUUCAGUUAGGGUUUCAGUGUGUGUAAGCACAGCAGUGGGUUAGCCACUGCUGACUUAGAUUUAUUCCUUCCUAAUUUUGACACACACCAAUGCAUAGUCACAGCACUGUCAAAAACGUUUAAAUCAGUAUCCUUCCUUUCAGUUUAGAUGGAUCUGUCUGUAGUGCAGGUGCCACAAUAAUAAGUAUUAACUUUCUACAUUAGUUCCUCUAAUGUAGAUCACUUUCCCUCCCAUAUAUUUGACAAAGGGAGGACUUUUUCAAAAAAAUAAACACUUCCUGAGUCUCAGGAUUUGAUUUCCUACUUGUGAGAAUUGUGAGGUAAAGCAUCAUAUGGAUACAUCAUAUAAUAGCUUAAAAAUUGUCUCUGCUUAAAUGUUUUACACCUCAAAUUUAAUAUUUCUUGUACUAGCAAAAGGGGAGUAUAGGAUUGGGUGCAAAGCUUUGAAGCAUAGCAACAUGUGACAUUUCCCAAGCAUUAAAAUGCUAGUAGAACUUCAGCUUCUGAGAGGAUCAGUUUUUAAAGUAUAUGGCUUUUUUAUUUCAUUUCAGAAGCUAUGAAAAUCCUUCAUCCAGCUUACUCCAAGAUCAUUACCUUGAUUCAACUUGGCGAACUGAUAUGGGUCUUGUAAGUGUCCUAUGAAAUGGGCUGUUAACUGAGAGAACGACCAACUUUUUGAAGACAUCUUAAGAGGUCUUUCUAUCAUAAUCACUUCAAAAAAUAAGUUGGGAUUCGAAGGGCAUAAUAAAAAUACAACUUGUUCCAUGGAAACAUGCUGAAGUCUUUGAACGAUCUGUUCCCAGCUAGCUGUGUAAAACAGCUGAUUGGAACCUGGAUUUUCUUUACACAGAUCUUCAAGUGCUUGCACAAGGGGUAUUGCUGAUCUGUACAUGACAAUGGACCUCCAGAUUUCAGCCAUGAGCUAUAAAGAGGUGUCAUGCCUGUGUUCUUUACAAUGUGCUUAUUGAAAUUCUUUUCCAUGUUCUUUUAUCAUAGUUUUUAAGAAAAGUAUUGGAUUUUUGGUGCACUUGAGAUUUCUGUUAAUCUUUUAAAUUCAUUAUUUGCCACAAAUUCCCUGGGAGAUUUUGAAAAUUUACUUCUUCAGUUCAGCUCUGCAUCUGAAAAUGAGAAGUAUUAGCCUCUUUUCUGGGGUUGGGGUUGGCAUUAAUAUAUAAAACAAGUGUUCCAUAACUUAUGCUUUUCUCCUAGCCAUGGAGUCUUGAUAGCACAAUUAGUGAAGAAAACAGGACUGCCAUUGAGAAGAUGUUGUUGGAAGAAGAGUAUCCUUUACUUAUUAAUCAGCAUGACAAAAUAGAAUCCUCACCCCAGUAAGAAAUUAAGCUGUAGUGCAGAAUUAUAAUCAAUCGGCUACACUUUGUGAUUAGAAAUUGCUCCCUGACUACCUGAUGGAAACUCUCAUUAAUCACCAAGGUGCCAGACAUCUCUGGCUUCUUUAACAAGAGAGCUUUGCUGUUUCUAUCCUUCUACUUGUGUCUGAUGAAUAAUUAAGGUCUGGUGAAUUAACAUGGCUCAGUCAGCAGGUUUUUGUGCCCCUUGAGUAGUCCUUUGUUAUUUAUUCGUUUUCAAUUACAGUCCAAUAAUAGCCUCAUUAUAACAAUACCAAUUUAUAAUACAAGUAUUAAUACCAAUCAUUCAAAUACCAAAUUAUGUAAUUUAGAUAAAGUGACCCUCCGCAUGCUAAAUUUGAUGAGUUUCUUUAUUUCUGCAUUCCAAAAUCUUAUUAGUUUCAGUAACAUUCCAGUCGUAAUAAUAAUCCCUUAUACAACAACUGCAAUAUUAAUAACUUCUAUUUGUGAUGACACAUUAAAUGAUUUAUAAAACUGCAGGUGAGGAACUCAGAACUAUAUCCUUGUUCUUCCUGUGUAUGGCAGUUAUUCUGUCCGUGGUUCUUCUUCCUGUCCUUGUAAGAUAUUAUGUCUUUCUUUUCCCCAAUUGUGGCUGUUAUCCAUCAUGCCUUGGGCAGAGCUGAUAUCCCAUUGUUGUUCCAGAAAUUUCUGCAUCGCUCCAUCCCGUUCUUCAUUGUUGUGCACCAAGAGCUUUAACAACUGCUGCAAAAGUUGCUCUGUCCCAGUAAAUAAACUGUUUGUCACCAUUUUUCCUCUCAGCCUGGAGAGUGGUCUGUCGAACUGCAGAUGACUCAAUAAAGAACCUUAUCAGUUCCUUGGCAGUUUGCAGACUCCUUUCACCCUUCCUUCCCACUGAAGAUAUAUGAGCAACUAUACGUCCAAUUAAAUUCCAAGCCCUCUUAGCGUUAUUCAGUUCACUUUGUAAAUAAUAAAGGCAUUAGAGGGUUUUCUGCAGGCAAAGUGCUUUUGUUCUCAGCGCCUCCCUGCCCCCCGCAUUCCAUGCCAGAGCGAGAGCCAGGUACCGAGACGAACGGCAAGUGAAGCCCAUUCCCCCCAUCCCUGGGCAGAAUUUGCAAGGAUGAUUACCCGUAAUCAUCCUUGUUUUUCAUUUGCCAACAAUAUCCUGAUGUCAUGGGGGCUGCCUUCAUUAAAGCAGAGCGCGGAAGCCCAAAAAAACCUUUCCAUGUGUUUAUUUCUUUGAAGUUAUCCCAAGACAAAUGUCUAAAAUAAGUUUCAGGAAAUUUUGCCCCUUUUGGUUUUUCUAUUGGUUUUCUUUUGUUUGUUUGUAAUUUUGUAAUCCCAAAACAGCUGAGCUUAGCUUGUAUUAAUUUAAGAACAGUGACCUAUUUCAAGAAACAGCUUUUAAAUUCUCAUGUUGAUAUUGUUGUUAUUUAAAUGGGCUUGUAACUUUUGAAAGAUCAGUUGCAAGGUUACUGUGGUGAGUGCUUGCUAUUUCUCUCUCUCUGUUCUUCCUCCAACCUGUUACUGAAAGUUGCACAGUUGGUAUCAAUUUUCUGGCUUUAAACUGUAAUCGUAGACAUGCUUAAUAGGGAGUAAGCCUCAUUGGACGUAGUUGGACUUACUUCUGACCUUUGUAUUUCUCUGCAUUAAAUAAUGUUCUACUAGUGUUUGCAGUUAGUUUAUAGCUAAUCCAUGUACUACAACUUACAAUCCAUUGGACUGCAGUUACAGAUUUUUGGUAUGAUAAAUUAUUAAUUAUGAAAACAGUAGCAUGCAAAGAACCUCAUUAACAGUACUUUAGAAAAUCCUUAAUGAAUUCCAGAUACUAUCUAUCUAGCAAAUCCCUUCCAGAAAAAAUUUGGCAUGAACUGAAGGAAAGUGAUAAAAAGUGCACAAAAAGGUAAUGUGGAGUGUAAUAUUUCAAAGAGGGGGGAAUUUGUGUUCAAAAGACUCGCCAUCUUUACAAACUUGGCUUUGUCUUGUUUUGCACUUUACAGCCACAAGAAAGAAGCAAAAGUAACGUAAGUACUUCUAAUGUCAUGGCUAAGUAUUAAGUGAUUGUACGGAAUAUCUGAAUACCUUUAGGACUCAUGUUGAUGCUUUUUUAAAAAAAAAAAAAACCCUGCAAAAAUUGCAUUUUUUACGCUGGUUUCUUUGUUGCAUACCCUGACGCUACCUCCCGCUUCUUUUAAAAAAUCUAGUUUUCUAUUUAGGCAGUUGACUAAAAUGCCUAUACCCAGUUUCGAAGUAUAUUUAUGUAUAUGUUAUUUCUAGUGAUUGAGGUUAAUUUUUUUUAAAAAAAAUGUAUGUUUAGAUACCGUUUCCUGGCAUCUUUUUGUUUUACACAAAGGCAUUUUGCUUUAUUUUUAUGUAAGGAUACGCUCACCUACAAAAUCAGCUAGUGGAUCGCUAAAGUGGACAGUGAAAGAAAAAGAACUAUUUGAACAAGGACUGGUAAAUAUUUCCUGUGGUUAAUGUUUUUAGUAGUAAAUGCCAUUAGAAGUGGAAAUCUCAAUGUUCUUCAGGUAAUUAAAAGUGUUUAAGAUACAGUUGUACUGUAUGGCAUGUUACUUGUUUUAAAAUGUAACAAAGUGUUAUACAGUGUACCUUUAGUGAAGAAUUUUAAUACUAAAAUAGUUUCAUGCUGGAUGAGAUUCCUAUGCAAGCCAACAUGAAUUUUUAGAUGAAGUGGAUUAUUCAUGUAUGGUAUUUGUGCCUAGCUACUUAAUGGGAUUUUUUUAGCCAAGGGCUCAGGUACUUUUCCUUUUCCUUCACUUUCUCAAAACUCUUAGCUGCUAUCUUAACACAUUUCUCUUGCUAAAAAGCUGCCCCAGAAUGGGAGAGAAAGAGGUUUUUAGUGAGCAAGUAACUUAGAUGGGGUAAAAAAAAGCAGUGGAAGCUUCAGAUGCUAUAAUAAAUUAAUUUGUUUUGACUUAAGAGCUGAAGUCAUGUUUAUUUUCCAUUAGGCUAAAUUUGGCAGAAGAUGGACAAAAAUUGCCAUGAUGAUUGGAAGUCGCAAUGUUCUCCAAGUAAAGAGCUUUGCCAGGCAGUACUUUAAGAACAAGGUAAACUUGAUAUAACAACUUUCAGUUGACAGAAUGACUUGGUAGCAAACCUUGCCAACAGAUAACUAAAAAAGGAUUACUUCGUUUGAACCUUGCUUUGUUAGUCUCCCACAGCAAAUGAUUUUUGCUUUCAUUUUUAAUUUCCUGUAAUAUUGACCGCCUGCAUUUUUCAAAAAGGGCUUUUAAAUUUGAUUAAACUUUAAGGGAUAACUCUACUGUUCUUUGUCCACUGUCGACAAAGAUCCACAGGGUUAUCCCCUAUCAACCUUGCUCACACAUGAGCAGCUGAGGUGCAUAAGAGGAGGACUCUUACCGUACAUCACCAUACUGUACUGCUAAAUUUACUUAAUAGAAGCUUCUUAAAGUCUGAAGCAAGAAGCACAUAUUUUUCUUUUCCACAGUCAAAAACAGCUGGAUAAGUUUUUAGCUGGCAAAUGCUAAGCUGUGAUAGAAAUUCAUAUUAUUAUUUGGUUUGAUAAGCUGUAUGUUUCCCUUGUGAAUGUCAUUAUCUGGUGAAUGUCAUUCAUCAAAAUCGGCAAAAUGAAAGGUCUUUUGCAAGAGGGCCCAGUUUUUAUUAAGAAAUUUAAGGAAACAACAAGCAAACAUGACUUAAAAUUAAUAAAUGUCUCUUUUUAACUACUGUUAUUCAUUUAGACUUUAUUACUUUGUCAUACUUAACUCAUUUUACUGUACUUCUCUGUUAAGGCAAAAACGGAUGGCUCAGAAAAAGUGGAACUGCAGCCGUAUGUCAAUGUUCCUCCUCCCAGCGUCAAUCAGGAUGAUGAAGGGAAGGUGGUGUCAUGGGCACUCUUAAGAGGUCGGGCAGACCCUAAUCUAAAUGCAGUGAAAAUUGAAAAAUUAUCAGAUGAUGAGGAAGUAGAUAUUACAGAUGAGGUGGAUGAGCUACUUUGCAAUGUACCUCAGCAAGAAGCUGGAAAGUCUGAUUUAUUAGAUAUUCCAAAAAGUCCAUCAGGCGAGAGCAGCUGGACAGAGCCUAUCUUGGAUUCUGCUGGACACAUGCCUUCAGUUCUGUUAACUUCAAGAUUAAUUCCAAAGCCAGAGCAGAGCACAGUUGAGAGUCUAGAGACUGCAAUGUCAUGCUCUGAGAACAGUGGUCAUGGAACCAUGGUUUCAGAAAAUCAGAAAUGUGAUGGGAAAGGAAUUUCUGAUGAUACAGAUUGGUUUCCUAAUCCAGAGAACUGCAGAGAACAGACAGACUUCACUGAAAACAGUCUUCUUUUCCAUCCUUCCAACCAACUGGAAGAGGAGAAUCAGAUAGAUGCAGAGGAGCUCAAGCCACCAGAUCAAGAAGUAGAAAUAGAUAGACAAACCGUACUAGAAGAAGAAAAGCAGGCAAUACCAGAAUUUUUUGUGGGACGACAAGCCAAAACACCUGAGCGUUACCUGAAAAUUAGAAACUAUAUUUUGGAUCAGUGGUAAGCAUUAUAAGCCUGUUGGAAAAUUAUACAGUAAGGGGAAUGUAUGCAAAGCAACGGUGUGGAUAUUUAAUAUCCUUUCUUUACGCAAUCCAUUUUCCAGACAAGUGAUAGCCAGUUCCUAUAUUGACUGCAGCUGGUUGAUUGUAUCUUCCUCCUUUGGAGCUUGACCAGGGUGGGUCAUUGGUUAGCUCAAAAUUACACAUGGUGUGUGUUGGCUUGCUUAGCCCCCAAAGUAGGGAACCUGCCAGACCCUCGUCAUUUAGCCCAUAAGGCUGUGUUGGCCAAGCCACACCCACAUGUCCUACACCUGAUGUCAUAUAUGAUGUCAUGUAUGAGGCAUGAAAAAAGCCCUGCACACAGCAAGACAAGGAAAGUAGCUGACUGUCGGGGCUCACAUAAUGCAUUGCCUUUACCUUCAUGGUUUGAUUUCAAAGCAUGUGGUCAAAAAUGGGACAUCUGACAUGAGGUGAUGGAUAGGUGGGCAGCUGUGCCCACUUGUUAAUACUUGGCCCAUGGGGGGUUGGGAGAUAAGGCUCUGGCUUAGCCCAUCAGAGACGAGUUCUGACCCAGGUGGGCAAAUCUCUGCAUGGGUGGAAUGGUUCAUGUUUAAUGAACUCUUACUACUCCCACUAAUGGGGUACAUCAAGAAAUAUCAAAUGCUGCUAACUUAAUUGCCCAGGUAAUGCUUUAUUUUAUCAUUUGUGGUGGUCUUUUAUUAUAGGGAAAGAAUCAAACCAAAAUAUCUGAACAAGACUUCAGUACGCCCAGGGCUGAAGAACUGUGGGGAUGUUAACUGUAUAGGACGGAUACACACAUACCUGGAGCUAAUAGGAGCAAUUAACUUUGGUUGUGGUAGGAAGAAAACUUCAGUCUGUUCAUUUAGUUUUAUAUUUUUAUUCUGCUUUUUCACAAGUCUCCAAAAUUGCUUGCAACGUUCAUCAGUUCUAUCAUAACACAUUUACUAUAUAGAAACUAAAACCAGAAAAUAAAUGGGCCAUGGAAAGUAUAUGGGGGCACAUUUAGAAACAUAUAUUUUAAAAUUCUGAACAGAAAGAGAUGGAAAACAUGACCAGUGUGGUUGUUGGUUGAGGCAGAAGUUAGUCCAGAAGGUGCCAUGUGGCAAUCCUUCACUUUCUCUUAAUUAUAAAUUUUACCCCAAAUAUUGUCCUUCUACGUUGUAGCCUAUAUACCUUUUUUAAAAAUGCGCUUAUGUAAAAAAAAGGGUGGGGAGGACUACUGUUUAAUAUUCCUGUUCUUUUGAGUCUCUUAUGGUUACCAUGGCUGUAGUGGUGUCUAGAAACAUGUGACUUUCUUGGACAGGUGAUGAUUAGUCUUCCUAAGUGUUAGAUCUGUUGCCAUGGCAGCAGACUGUGGCCAGCUAACCUCCUUUGACGGCCUGCAUAGAUGCUCAGAAUCUACAUGUAGUUUUGUUUUUGCGUCCAUUCCCCUCUGAUAGGCUUCAGAAACCCUUCCUUUCCCUCUUUUCUUACUCAAGUUCCUUGUCUGUGGGAAAGCUAGAACAAAAAGCAAAGCUUUAAGCUCAAACCUAUCCUCCAGUCAUGGUCAAAUGGAUCCCCCCAAGAACCACAGAAAGAAGUUGUACUGGGUCAGCCAAGAACUGAACAUAGCUGAAUGGACCAUAGUUGAAUGGCAAGGGGAAGCUCUGCCAUUAUGUGACCCAGUUUGCUUGUCACAUUAAGUAAUGCUUCUAAACAAACUAUGGUUUGAAUACUGUGAACAAGCAGCAUGCUAGUUCACACUGUGCAGAAGACUUACUAAACGUCCCUGAGGGACCCAGCCACCUGAUCUACACCAUUUGGGCCUAGCUUCAUUUUUGGAUAAAGCCAUUCAAUAUUUUUUCACAUUAAAAAAGGAGAACUCUUUGUCCUUUCUUUUCUUUCUUUUCUUUUAAAGCUUUGAGAAAUAAUUGGACCGGUACUAUAUAUUCAGUGAAUGGAAGCUAAGAGACACCUGCUGAAAUAGUGUAUCGUUCAAUAUGGCCUAAAUGCCACUGCCACCUGAUAUCAUUCAUGUUUUUUUCUCUUAAUUUUCCUUCUAGUGUUGUCUGUGUAGCUCCCUUGGCUUGGUUGGCUCAGGUGGCUAAACAUUAGAUGGCAUCAUUGUUUUGUUUGUGAGACACUUACUUAGUCAUGUCAUGACUUUCAUGUUGUGAAGAACAAUUUAAAAGAUUUAUCUUUAACUCUUGGUGAUUAGAAUUUAAAGACAUUCAAGAGUAAAGCCAUCAUUUGCUUGUGACAACCAGGUAGCUCACUUUUUAUGCAUCUGAGUUAGUUCUCUUGCUCAUUUCUACAGAGCAGGCGAUUUAUAAUAGACCACAGCAAGUUGACAAAAUUCGACCCAGAGAAGGCAAAGACACUAUAGAAGCAUAUCAGCUUGUGCAGCGUCUACAGUCUAUGGUAUGAUGGAAAUGUAAUUUAUGUGUCACAUUUCUUCUUUUACUGCCUUUUGAUCACAUUCCUGCAGUGUGUGACUAUAGUAUUGCUGAUUGGGAAGCCAACUAGAGUACCUUUUCUCACAAACAUUGCUUAGAUCUUUCAGGGCUAAAUAAAUUAUGUAUUGGAGUUCCGCACAUUCUACUAUUUUUGUAUGGGGCUUUUUAAAUUAUACAUUGCUUUCAGGAAAGAAUGUUUGUCAAAUACAUAAAAAGUGGCUCUUUGGAUCCAGUGCAUUUCAGUUCAUUGACUGAAACCAAAUAACCCGUCUUUUAAGAAAUCAAGUGAAUAGGAAAGAAAUGUAUAUGCAAGAUGUGUGUUUAUGUGUAUGUCCCGCAGCUGUAAUCAGACGCAUUUUUACUUUGAUUCAGCAUAUACUUUCAGGGGUUCUUAAAGCUCCACUGAGUAUCUCUACCAUAAGUAGAAACCUUCCAAAUGAUUGGUGCAUAGAAGCAGAAGUACUGGAUGCUGUGCUUUAUGGAGUGAAUAAUUGGCAGUGCUGGUUCUUUAAUUCUUAUAAAGCAUGUUUCUACGCUAUCUAUUGCCAGCUUGGAAUUGGCCCACAUCAUUUUGGAGUAUAAUAAUGCAACAUUCACUACGGGCCUAGGUGGCUGAUGGCUUGACCUUGACACAAGUUCAAAAAGUAGGUUCAGACCAGUCCAAGUAGACCAGUGAUCUGUAUUCAGAAGCUUAUUGUGAGCAUGCCAAUCCACAUUCUGCUACUCCACAACUAUAUGUGAAUUGCUUAUACAAAUACUGCUGACUUUAUGCCUUUGAACAGACCUGCACAUAUGUUUCUGUUUGCCACAGCGUACAAGGAGACGGCGCGUCAGAGACCCCUGGGGAAACUGGUGUGAUGCCAAAGAUUUGGAAGGACAGACUUUUGAGGUAACAUCACUUUUAAACUUUUCUGAUAUUUUUCAACUCCUUGUGAAAGUCAAGCUGUUCCUGCAGUGAUACGCUUUCAUUUAAUUAUGUGAGCUGUAACUGUAACCCACCCUUUGAGGUUUCAGGGUGGCUUACAAAAAUUUAAACUUGAGUAAAAAUAUUAAAAUAUUGCAAAAUAAAAGGAUAGAGGAUUGAGAAGUCAGGGGAAAUAAAAAAAACCUUUGCCUGAUGUCAAAAUCCCAUGAAGGUAAGAACUGCAUGAGCCUCUUUGGGUGAGCCCUAAAUCUGGUGCUGACCUCUGUCAUGUCCCCCAUUACUUGCCUUUUUAUAAACUAAAAAGUUCCACGUUUUGUAACCUUUCCUCUUAGGGAAGUUGCUCCAGCUCCUUGAUCAUUUUGUUAUUGUGUCCUAAAACAUGAUUCAAGAGCCAUUGACCUAAAGUUCAGAACCAGAGGUCAUCUAUGAAAUUUAUAUGCUGUAGGUUUAAAACAGGCAAAAGCAUGAUGUGCUGCAUGUAAUGUGUGGAAUAAACUGUUGCAGCAGUAGCAUAAGUAAAUAUAUCUAAAGUUCGUGAAUGAAAGGUCUUCAUGUAAAUAGGAGAUAAAAUACUUGGGUUUGGGACUUCUGUGUUUUGAACCAGCAUACUUCUUAAUGUCAAAUACCACUGAGAAGCCAUAUUUCCUGUUUCACGAGCUUCCCUAGAACAUCUAGUUGGCUACUCUGAGUGCUGAAGUAGGUGAACCUUUCAGUUUGACAUACUAUAGCUAUACAGUGGUCUUAACAGAAGCACCAUGUAGCAGGCUGGAAAGAAGUCCCUUGUCUAGAGGUGGAGUGACAAAAUCUUAUGCUGUUUCAUAGUUUGCUUGAACUUGGAACAGUAAAUGGGAAAGUGAAGGAAGUUCUUCCAGCUUUUUAUAAAAACAAACAAAACAGCUACUUUUGGUCUUGGUUCCCUGAGGCCCAUCUUAACAGUGACAGCAGCUGUGGGCACCUACUAAAUUCAGGACAACUGAGGUUCAUUGUGCUUAAGCCCAUUGAUUGAGCUUCAGGCUGUUUUAACUAAUCAAGAUGUUUUGUUUUUAGCACCUUUCUGCUGAGGAUCUAGCUAAGAGGAGAGAAGAGGAGAAGCUGAAACCACCAAAAGCAUCUAAAGGACAAAGGCAGCCCAAAAGGUUUACAUUUUUUGUAUAUGCCUACAACAUAUUUUAGAAAAAGUAGCUUAUGUUACUUUCAGUAUGAUUCCUGCUUAUCAGCACACUUACGUUGUACUACUUCACUGAGCCCAAAGCGCAGUUCACAAAUGCGGAGGUACUCCUGUGACUCUUAAAAACUACCAUAUAAGUCUACAAGUUCAAACAAUUUGCUAGUUUUGUAUAUAGUAAUUAAAACUUCAAUAGAAAAAAUGUGAUUUUUUUAAAAAAAUGAGUUUCCCCCUUUAUUAACUGUAUAUUUUCAGAGCAAUUUUCUUUCAUUUUAUAGUUCAUUUGAUCCCUUUCAGCUGAUCCCUUGCUGUUCCUUCACAGAAGAAAAACCAGUAAGUAUGAGUUAAUAAAUAAGCAAGAGCACACCUUUGUUUACUUAAGCAGGCUUUCCUUAUCAUUUUUAUCUUUUCAGGAACCAUUCCAAGUAAUGGUAGCUGCAGAGGCACUUCUCAUCAUGGAUUUGGUAAGAACUGUACUUUAUACCCACUUUCCUGAUUUGUUUGGGAAGGCUUGAUCCAUGCCAAAACCACAAUUACCCUCCAUAUUGCUGCUGUGAGACUACUGCUGUACCAUCUGCACCCUUUAACUGGCCAAGCUUUUUUUUCUGGCUUACCUAAGGCAUGGGUGAUGGCUGUAACAGCCCAUAAUUUCUUGUUUCUGUAGAAGAUGAUAACCCUGAGAAAAUCCUUAACCAGGUAUGGGAAUAAGCUGUCAUAAAUGUGAUGCUGCUACACAUUAUAAUGCUUCUUAUGAGCAUGGGUGAUUAGUCAUGCCAGAAGAGAAACUCAUAAUGUUAAUUACCUGCAAGGGAAAAGUAAAUUCUAUCUUUUAACACCUUUCUUGCUGAAAUGGGGGAAUAUUUGUACUUUUGCCUUUUUUAUCUGUUGUUGAUCCAUAAGUAACUGUUAGAGCCUCAAGGCCGCUAUUUAGUGCUUUUCCUACUAAGUAAAGGUGGCUGUGUAAUUUUUGAUCUUCACAGUCCCUUUUGGGAGCAACUGACUUGAUUUUUAUCAGCACUGGCCAUAAUGCCCAGGUAAUGACCUGGUUUAGCCCCAGGAAAAGGGAGGGAGUACAUAAAGCUCAUUCAUUCACAUAGCACUAAACCACAGUUUAGGGUUGGACCUAAGUGCAGCAUCUGUGUAAUUAUUGGUGGUAAAGCAGAGGUAUGAAGAGCUUUCAGGGUGUGGGUGGGCGGGGUUCUCAUACAUGGUUUCACUACAGAACUCUUCAAGAUAUCCAAAUGAUUUUUUCUUAUGUCUUUAGCAUGCCCAUGUUUCAAUGGCAGAAGUAAUAGGACUGCUAGGUGGAAGAUACUCUGAAACUGAUGGAAUAGUUGAAGUAAGUAUCAUGCAUGUUUAAAAUUCAGUAACAUGAGAGCAGGCCUUAUCUGGGAUGGCUCCCAGAAUGUGGAAUGCCCUUCGCCUCAGAAGAAUGGCUGGUGCUCACUGUAUUGCCCUUUCAGCACCAGCUAAGACCCAUCUACUUUUCCAAGGUUUUGUGGAAUUUUUUUUUUUUGAAACUACAGUAUUUUUAAAAACUUUCUUACUAUUUUUAUCUGGUUUAAUCUGCUCCUUUGGGACAUUAUUAUAAUAUUUAUGGUUUAAUAUGUUUGUAACCUGCAGUAAUAAACAUAAACACAAAACAGCCUUAAUCUAGUCUAGUGCAAUAGGCAUUAAACCAGCCUAUUACAAGGACCAGAUCUUAGUACCUGCUCAUGUGCCCAGAGGGAUUAGAGGGAAACAGGAUUUUCUUAUGAUUUAUGGGGGUAUCUUUGACCCCAGAGGCUAUUGCAACAUCCGUAUAUAAGCAUCCUUUAAGCAUCUUACUAUAUCCUUGUAAUACUUUUCCUGUAGUCAUUAUGGAAUUCAGGAUGCUGUUAGUUUUUUGAACAAUGGAGCAAUCCUACACCCAAGAAGCUGGUUCGAAGGAAGGUGGUGAAAAGUAUACCAGAUUUAAACUCUCUUCAGGAGCAGGGCUACAUAUGGCUAAGUUGGCUUAAGUGUAGCAGCGGGGAAACAAGCCUUUAAGAUAGUGUUUGAGUUCUAUCACCCUUUUUGCUGUCUUAACUGUAAUCUCUUGUCACGCCAGCCUAAGUUCAGCCAGGCUCUGGGGGGAAUAUGCCAGCGUAUGUAUUGCUGGACCACAAGGAUGAGGAGUUAUGUCAGCAUACCCUUGACUACCCUGAGAACCUCCUGGCUCAGGUGACGUUACGCUGGAUCCUAGCCCUGUUCAUCCCAGCAGAUCUUGCUCUGUCAGAUUGCUCCCUAUGUGUAUUGUCCUCAAGAAUCAAACACUACACCACCACUAAAUUGUAAGGCCUCCAAUCUGAUUGAUUUAUUACAGAUUUGCGCAGCAGAACCGUGCAAUAGCCUCAGUACAGGAUUGCAGUGUGAGAUGGACCCAGUAUCUCAAACACAGGCAUCGGAGACACUUGCUGCUAGAGGUUACAGUAUUAUUGGGUGGUAUCAUUCUCACCCUGCCUUUGACCCUAAUCCUUCGAUACGAGAUAUUGAUACGCAGGCAAAAUACCAGGUAACAACCCCCCCCCCCCGAUGUGUGUGUGUGUGUGUGUACAAGGGGACUGACUUUGCUUUAUUGAUGUUUAAUUUAAUAAUGUUGAGCAAAGGAAAACUAGAAAUGAUGUAAAUGGUAAUAUUUCAAAGUACUAUCCAAAUAAUUUAUUUACCCUUUACUUUAAAGUGACUACUUCUAAUUGUAAGAUGGGGGUUUUUCAGAAAGCAAGUUUGCAUUGCAUUCUUGAUUAUUUUCAUAGACACAAACUUAAAAAAAAUAAAAUUAUUGCCCUUUUAUAUUUUUCCAUACAGAGCUAUUUCUCCAGAGGUGGGUCAAUGUUUGUUGGUGUGAUCAUAAGUCCUUAUAAUCGAAAUAACCCUCUUCCGCAUUCCCAGAUUACUUGUCUGGUAAUCAGUGAUGAGACCAGUCCUGAUGGAUCGUAUCGUAAGUGUUUUAAAAAAAUUUUUCCUAAUGCCUAUUUGCUUCCUAUCUUCAUCAUUUAAGUUACAUUUUGAAAGAGGAAAAAUUUGGUGACUGGUAAGACAAGGGAAAUAAUAUAUAUAAUUUAAAAGAAAGAAUAAAUAUAAUACAAUAGGCUGCAGCCCUAACCCUGGUUACUUCCAAGUAAGUCCCAUUGGAUCCAGUAGGACUUCCUUCCAUGUAUACAUGGUUAGGAUUAGAAACUUUUGGAAUAUAAGAUUUGCACUGUAAAUAAUAUGGGGGUGUUUUACUGAACGGUGAUCAUAAUGUUGAUCCUCACAGUAAGAAAUCACUGCAUGUUUUAGGGGGUUGUGGUAAGGGUGUCUUUUAAGAAAUGAAACUAGCAAUAGCACAAGAUGAUCAGGAAUCAAGGAUUCAUUUGAAUCACUCGGUUAAGAAGAGAAAUGUUUUGGGGUGAUACACAACAUUAGAGUGGAAUUGUUGAGAUUAGUGAAUCUAAGUAAUUUAUGUUCACUGACUGCAAUGAAUCUACGCUACAGUAGAUGGAUAUUGCCUUCUGUGUGUAGCAUUCCAUGGCCUGGUUGGGAUGGAACAGUAGAAUCAGGAUUUAGGGGUUCAGAUUGCACAAAUUCCUCGCACCCACCUCAUGCAUGCAAAUUCCCCAACCCCCCUCUACCCAGAUGCUGAAAGGUCGAUUAAGAACGCUCCUGGGUUUGUUUUAACUAGAGUUAAUAAUGACCACUUGUAGAUAGAAGGGUCAGGUAGGGAAGGAAAUUCAUGCACACGGUGCGGGGGUGGAGGCAGCACGUAGAUUUGAGACUAUUCCCUGAACACUAGGUCCUGUUACAAUCAAUCUGGCCCAACUGUUUAACCUUGUGCUCCUCGUUUCUACUUGUAUACAACUUUCCUCUAUGCUGCAAAUUGCUUAUCCUAUAAGUGGGGGGGGGGGGCCCUCAUCAGUAUCCAUGAAACGUCUGAGAGUCUAUAAGUAUAGGAAUCACUUUUUUCUGAAUUUGAAUAAUCUAGUUAAACCUGAAUCUUAGAAAAUACUAUUAUUCACAAAGCAAUGUUGAUAAAUGUGAGGAAAAAAAUCUUUUAAAAAUAGAAACCUGAUCAUAUGGAAUAGGGUGAAAAUCUAAAAGUGCCAAAGUUAGUCUUUAAUCUCUCAGUGACAAAGCCGAUCUUGAAAUCUCUCUUUUGAUAUUAUCAUUAAUACUUUCCUUAGCAGAUAUCCUGAGCAUGAGGACAAUUGCAGUUUGAAUAAAUGAAAAUGCAGAUUUAUCUUGCUGUGGAAAGAGGGGGAGGAAAAAAAGUAUUGUCAAUUUCAGCCAUUGAAGGUUUACAUGUGCAAAAUGUUGUGCAUAUGAGAGAGAGAGAGAAGCAGCCUAGUGCUCUCCAGAUACAUUGAACUACAACUCCUAUCAGCCCUGGAGUAAUGGAAGUUAUAGUACAAAACAUAUGGAGGGCACCCAGUUGGGGGAGCCUGGCUUAAACAGAACAUUUGUCAUGUGAUACAGGACCAGAAAUAGAAGUCCAGAGCACUUUGAAUGAACAGGAGUUGUCCCGUGCUUCAGAUCAGUCUAACUUUGCAUUCAAACAAAUAUUUCUCCUUCACAAAAUAUUGCUGUUAAACCUAAUUCUGGGAUUGAAGCUACUUCAGGCUACAACUAGGCUAAAUGGGCUCACUCUUGACGGUACAUUGCUGUUUUAUGUGCGCAUAUUUUUGCUCUUCCCAGGGAUGUAAGAUACGCAUGUCAAAAAGUAGGAAGUGUAAUAUUCCAUGCAUAAUAUGUUUUAAUGGCUUGCAGGCCUGCCAUACAAGUUUGAAGUGGGACAGAUGUUGGAAGAACCUAAAUGGGAAUUAGUACUGGAAAAAACACGAUGGAUAAUUGAAAAAUACAGGAUGUCUCAUAGGUGUGUGGCUGCUUGCAUUUCAGAAUCUUGUAGUAAGCCAGUUCCAAAUUACUGUGUUUGCAUUUCAAUAGAGAAUGUUUUUAUAUAUCGACUGAUACAGUGUUGUCAUAUUUUUCCAACAGCUGGGUGCCCAUGGAUAAAAUCUUCCAUAGAGAUUCCGAUUUGACCUGUCUGCAGAAGGUAAUAAUUGUAAAUAUAUUUGCUUCUUGCCUAUAAAUACCUAAAGAAGCCUAAUCUUGUCUACUUAUAAUAGAAAUCUUAAAUAUUUGUGGAACUGGGUUGGAAGCAACAGGCAUAUGCAAAAGCUACCCAAAUGUAACUAAUGUUUGUUGGCUACUAAUGUUUUGUGUUUUCCUUCAGGGUAGCUUGUUGUUUUGGUUUUUGCAAAUGGAUUUCAAAAUGUUUUCAUAAAAAUGUCUUUUGAUUUAAUUGUUACAUUUGAGGAUGGGCUACAGAGUAGGAUGUUUUCCUGUCAUGGGCAUCAUGGAGUGGGUGUCUUACAUAGGCAGUGAAAAACAAAUUUUAGAUGGUGCUGUGCGGAAUUGUUUUUCUUGAACUGUAGAUAGAGAUAUCCACAAAUUAGAGGGGUUCUUUUGCUUUGGUCACUUUUGCAUGGAUUUUGGUAAAGGAUACGUAUAGAGUUAUGAACGUUUGUGACAAGUUGCACAUAUAAUAAUACAUGUUAGUAAAUUUUAAAGUUCAAAUGUGUUAACACACUGUGGGAUUAUUCACUGCUUUGACAGUUCUUUGAACAGAAGCCAGCUAUUGAAUGAAUGAAAGAUCUGUGUAAGUGGUCAGAUACAGUUCAGUUAGUGCUAACAUAUAUAAAGUAAGUCCUCAGGGUAUUUGGAUUAAGGAAUACCAAUAGAUUUGUGAUGGCUUUUCUUCCUAAAUGUUGCUUCAAUGCUGGUUUGUUUGUUUUUUCUUCAAUCUGAAACUAGUUGUUGGAGUGUAUGAGGAAGACUCUAGGCAAUGUGGCAAAUAGUUUCAUCGCUGAAGAAUUCCUGGCACAGCUAGAAAACUUAUUCCUUUCAACAUACAAUAGUGAGAAAUGGAAUGAUACUACUGAAGAAAAUAGCAUGUGUCCAAAUGACCUGCCAAUAUGAUAGUGCUGAAAAGAAUAAAUGCUCACUUUAUUAUAAAGUGUCCAUUCUUGAACAUGACAGCAUCCACUGCGGGUCAAGAAAAUGACUGUUACUGAAAGACAGUGUGAAACAAUCAUGACAAACUAUCUGAUCUCUGACAUAACUUCUAAUCUUCUGAAAUUAUGGUUGUGUUGCAAAGAGAUGAAUGAACUUGGCAGUCCACCACUUGGAUAAAACAGUUGCACCAUUUGUUGCCCCAAAUAGCUGAAGUGAUAGUGUUCUGCUUGGACCAAGAGCUAUUAGAAAUUUGAUGUUAGCAUAAAUUAGUUAUAUUGCCUACUUUGUGCCAUUUUAGGGAACACCCCUGUGUUAUACAUUUCAAUGUCUAAUGUAUCUGCAAGCACAUUUUGUCCAGUGGAUAAACUGAGUUGUAUUGCAUAUUGCUGAAAUCGGGAAAGGAUGGAAAACCACAAGACAACAAGGAUAUGAUUUCUCAUUGAGCAUCUCAGCCUUGAGUUUCUCACUUGAUGCGUGCCCAGCCCAUUCAAGAGGCUUACUGCUUUCAACAGAAGUCUGCAGUAGCAAAACAAUAUUGGACUAAUAAAUCCUUCAUAUCAAAUUCUUCUAUCCAGAUUAAUUGUAUAGAUUUGCAGAGUUUGGGUGGCCUUGUUCAUUUCUCAACAACUAGGGAAAGAAGGCUGAGCCUUUCCAAACAGAAAUUAUGAAUUGUGCUUAAAACAUUCCCUUGACCCUUGGGUAUCACAACUCAGAAUAUGUACUAAAUAUGAAAGACAUACAAAGGAGUAAGAAAUUUUCUGAAGGAUUAUAUAACUUUAUUCUUGAAUCCCAGGUGGACUUUUUUUUUAUUUUUACCCUGUGGAAGUUAUGGAUGAAUGUGCAACAUGUUCCACUUUAGCCCCUUUAGUUCAGUAUUAGAAUAUAUUUAACUCAGUAAUCAUCUGCAUGCAAGGGACCCUGUAUCAUAGUGCACUAGGUGUAUUCGCAUUGCUUUUGAAAUAUUACCUGUUACUUGACUCCUUAGACCAUUACGACUUCCAAGUUGCAUGUGAUCCAAUGUCUCAUCUUCCCCAUUGAAAUUCUAGCAUAUUGCUAAAUAAUAUCUGGGAAUUCCUCUGGAUUGGAAUAUCCAAAACCAUAGUUUGUUUUACAGAGUUAUGUGAUAAUCAUAUUGCAGCUUCUAAAUUUUAUUGUUUACAUCCUUAUUGUAAAUCUGCAUAUUGCCAUAUGACAGCAAUGUAAAUAUUGUAUAUUUGUACAGAAGAGAAUUACUGGACUAUUUGACCCUCAUAUAAAAGCACAAUACAGGUAUAUUUGCCCGUGAUGUCUUUAUCAGGAAUUGAGAAGGAUUUUAUCAUUAAAACAAUGCAAAGAACUCUUCUUGCUCACAUUGCCCCUUCAAUAAAUUGUGUGAAGAUGAUUUCAAUGUUGUUUGGCUUCAAAUUAGUAUUUCUGUACAU